CCGAGCCGAACAUGGUGCGAGGCGAAACGUGAGGCUGCUCCGCGUUGUCUUACAGAUAUCGAUUGGGUCCCGGCGUGGGCACAGCGCGCGUCAUGCGGCGAUCAUGAACUGCGUGCCCCCGCGCGACGACGACGACGACGAGGCCUGGAUCGCGAGUGCGCCGCGGCCGAUUUAGCGCGAGGGGUAAGCCCGCGGCGUCGUCGUCCAUUCGUCUCUCUCCCGCGUCCAGCUCCCGAGCGCGAACCUCCCCGACGUUUUCCUGAGACGUGCGACGUACGAGCCAACCUCGGCUCCGUCAACCUCUCCUCCUCGCCGGGCGCUGCUCCAAAGUCUCCUCCGGCCGAUCUGUCAUUGUGCAUUUAGCGCCGAAUCGGAGCACCUUUUGUUUCUCUCCGGAAUUGCUUCCCUGUCAUCGAUAAGAUUCGCGAGAAGAGCCGUAUUUAGCAUUAAACGCGCAAUGAGAAUCGACACUCGCCGUAAUUGCUGAUCGGAUGGACUUGGUUAGCUAUCGAGUGACAUCGCGGGAAAAUCUCCUGGUUGUCAACUGCAUCACUUUAGAACUUAUCAUUGCAGUUUCUCACUCAUAAUGGACCAUGCGCAGAGUACAAGCAAACGUACGAAUAUAGAGUUUGUAAGGCAAUCAUAUAUUGCCUGUAAUACUUUUUCUCAGGGGGUGUCAUGGAAAUAUCAAAAAUUCUGGCUACUAUAGACUUUUCAGUGCAUAGGUGAAGCAAACGAAAUUUGAGAUGGACUCCCCGCCAUCAUGUUCGCUAAGCGCUGGGCCUCUCAGUGAUCUUGGUAGCAGUGGCCUGGGGGGUUCGAUAUCUAGCGAUUCUGUUAGAGCACAUCUUGCAAUGGAGAUGCAGGAGAGCGACAUAGAGAGCAAGUCCCUAUCGCAAGAUUCUUUUGAUUAUUCGGACGGCAUGUGCGGCGAGAAUUUCAAUACCUUGAAAAAGGGCCCAGGCUGGGGCGACGCAGACGGCAAGUUGGAGGUCGAGGUGGUCGACGUGGCGAUCAAGCCACCGCCAGAAUUUCAGGAUAGCCCAUCGCCGCCAGACUCGGAAUCUUCGUCGGUGCCGAUUCUGAAUUACGCGCGACUAAUGAGACGCAGAACGCCACGAUGGAUUGAUGACUAUGCCGAGAACAUGAUACAAUCGAUGGUAGAGGAAGCACUAGCGAUUUCUUGCCGUAUCUCUUGGCCGGAAGGAAGAAUCGCGCCUAUUACGAAUCUGGUUUCAGUGGUGACCCGGUCCCAACAGAUCAAUCCUAAACGCAUGUGGGAUCUAAUGACGCCACCAGUAUGUCAGGGCGCUGCUACCAUCACUAUUACCCCAUACAAUACGCUGAACCGGCCAAACUCACGCUGCUCGCUGGCCUCCUCGCGACUGUCCAGUUCACACAAUUCCAUCAACACUAUUGGGCUUGGCCACAAGGCUGACGACAGCAGCUUCAUUACAUCCGCGAUGUCGCACGAUGUGUUGACCACAAGUGAAAUUAGCGACAUGUACAAUGUACCCUUUGAUUCAGACAUUUACACAGUGCCGAUUGAUGUGGUACGGCCGUUGCACGACCUGCGAACGCCACAGCGGCCUAAACGGCAUCGGCAUCAUCGCAAAAGACGGCGGAACGUUUCUGCGAGUUCACAGAGCGAGCUGGAGGCACACAUCCAACAGGCGCGUCAUUAUUGUGGCAAAUCCCGUGCCAUCACGCAUGUUAUCAAAUCACAGCGUUUGUUGGCUGAUGUGUGCUGUAAUGAGGGCAAUCCCGCUGUCGGCGGUAAACGACACAGCGUACCGGGUACUUCUGGUCGUCACAGUGUCAGACCAUCGAACGGACAUGCACAUAACAUUGGUGAACCGAUCCACAUGACCUUGCACGAGGUGCGACAGUAUCUACAGACGUUGUACUCGAGCUCUAGCGAUUCUAGCGAGAAUAAGAUCAAACGGGACAAGGCUCCUCUAUUGGGUCAUACACCAGUGCAUCUCGCUGCAACGCCUAAGGCCCUCAGUGUAAAUAAUAAUAAUAGGUAUAACAGUAAUGCGCACACGGACUCGUCCACGGACACGCCGGUGUCUAAUAAGAGCACUAGUAACGGCCUGAUGAUCCAUCAUCACAACAACAAUAAUAACAAUCAUAACAACAAUAAUUCUAAUAAUGUAAAGAAACACAAGAGGAACGCAUUUGUUAGCAUCAGACACAAGAAAGCGCGCGACGAAUCACAUAAGGAGAAGAGCGAAUCCGAGCGAGAGAAAAUGAAGAAGAGUCAGCGUAAUUUCUCGUUAAAUCUCAAGCAGACGCUCUGUAACAUCUUCCGAUUUCGACGACUAGGCUCUCCAGAUCACUUUGUAGAGAAACGGAACAGCAUCGUACAAGGAGAGAUCGUUGAAGAGGAAGAGGGUGUCGAUUCCGAUCAGCAUACAAACAACAAUAACACCGCUCCAUCUGAGGUAGAGCCGUCCGCACAGAAGCUGCCAUUCUUCAAGCGCGCUUUGCCACCUCUGCCCAAGAGUAAUAGUCAAGUGGGUGUAGAGCAAGCGGAAGAAGCCCUUACUGCAAUGGCACCCAAGUGUGAGUCUCCGAGCUCAGUACAGCAGCAAGUUCCGCCGCCUGUCGUGCGACCAGAAGAAGAUCCUGCUGAGGACACGAGUAUGGAUUUUGCAGCCAGUAUCGAGAAAGUAAAGGAUUAUGGAUGGUAUUGGGGACCUAUAUCCGGUGAAGCGGCGGAGAAGAUACUAUCCAACGAACCGGAUGGCUCAUUCAUCGUGCGAGACAGCAGUGAUGAUCAUUACAUUUUUUCCUUGUCAUUUAGACUCAACAGUUGUGUGCGACAUGUAAGGAUAGAACAUGAUCAGGGUAAUUUUAGCUUCGGCAGCUGCACGAAGUUUAAGUCGCACACUAUCGUUGACUUUAUUGAGAACGCAGUCGAGCAUUCACGCAGCGGUCGCUAUCUCUUCUUCCUACACCGACGGCCAGUUCUAGGCCCAAUGCGGGUACAGCUGCUCCAUCCGGUGUCGCGCUUCAAACAGGUGCAGAGCCUGCAGCAUACGUGCAGGUUCAUCAUCCUGAAGAUGGUGCGCAGGGACUUGAUCCCAACCUUACCGUUACCCCGGCGGCUCAUCGACUAUCUCAGCACACCCCAUUAUUACAGCGAGCAGCUGGCGGCCGAACAGGAUGACCGAGCCGAAUCGCCGGUCAGCUCGUCGACCGGCGAAUUAGAGAAGAUCUGCUUCACGCCACAGGGUCUCUCGUGAGGUAUAGCCGUGUGACUUUUCCCUCCUUCGCUCCGCUCUCUGUGCAAAGAGAUAUUUGCGCCGAACGUCGCUCGCGGCGUUAACGUAAAUUU